AUAACGAGAACCACCACGGAAAGAGCAACGAUAAGUGUGGUCAUGAUCUCCCGACUUCUACCUCCCUGACCGAUAGCACGAACUUUCUGGAGCAAUCGCCUCCCUACCUGGCUUCUCCGAUCUUCUCGCACAAGAACUCUGAGGACGGGGAAAUUAACUACAGCGGGACGAAGAAUUCUUCGCAUGAAGACGACGCGGACGAUAUUUGCCGGUACAAUGAUUCGAACAUGGAAUUUGUGAUGGACGGCGAGCACGACUGCUCCUCCGGAUCGGAAAAAUUUGAAAAGCAACUGAUGGAAUCCUCGCCACCAAAACCUCUGCCGGAAGAUGAAAAGAAUUCGAUUUUCGGUCAAAUUUGCGAUUUCCCUGUAGGAGGAGGAGGUGGGGAUCAUGAUGUUGCGCCGUCGGGCUGCAAUAGUUCAUCUGGCAAUAGGUUGACAGUGUCAACGAUCGGUGGCCCAACAUCGUCCUCCUGCGGACAGUACAAGACCGCUGCUGGUGCUGCAGCUGCACAUGGGGCGGGAAAUACUACAGGUUGUACUAUCAAAAACCCGUCCUGCAAGAACAACGUCAGCC